UCGGGCGUAUCGAAUGGCCUUGUGUUAAACUGCGUUCCGUGUGCUGUCAUUAGUGCGCGUGUUGAAGAUUUUUGGUUCGCGGAUAUCAAACUUCGGAUAUCCGAAGUCAAUGGGCUAACUGUUAUCAUCGGUCCAAAGAUUGUCUCCAUCAGCAUGAACAACCCAACGGAGAUGGUGGUGGCGAUCUCGCUAGCGAUCCUUGGUGUGGUCUUCUUUGCAUGUGUCAUUGUGCUCAUCUACAUCUGCCGCAACAAGUUCAACCAGCACAAGAAGCUCAUCAACUACAUGGACUUUAAGCAGGACAGUCAGCUGAUCACGGAGGAGUGGACCGACAUGGAGCUGGACGACGUGAAGUUCUCGCAGCAGUUCGAGUCGAUUCUGAGCGACGCCAGAUGGGUGGACGAUGCCACUGGCCUGGUGCCGCACUGCCUGGACAUCCUGAAGACGUGCCACCAGCUGACCGAGUACCUGGUGGCGCUGGCCAUGGGGCCGGUGCGCAAGGAGCGUGUGCACGAGAUCGCCGAGGUGUCGCGGCUCAUCUCGCCGCGUGUCGACGACGUGGUGCGCUCCAUGUACCCGCCGCUGGACCCGCGCCUGCUCGAGGCGCGCAGCUCGGCGCUUGUGCUCAGCGUCAGCCAGCUGGCGCUCAUCGUCAGGUCUGCGUGCAGCAGCGCCAACGCCACCCACUUCCAGAUCAUCACCACCAUGCUGGCCGACAUGAACGACCAUCUGCGGGUUCUCCGCGAGGCGGCGCUGAACCACGAGGCCGGGCUUGGCGAGGCUCUGUCGAUCGGCUGUCCGGCCGAGAGUUCGGCGUGAACUCGCUCGGCUCCGAUGCGCAUGCGCGACCGACUCGCCGUUCGCCGAAAGCCAAGCAUGCUGGCCGCGACUCGUGGGAAGAUCUGAAGCGCUUCUCUCCUAGCAAGCUCAUUUUGCGCCCCUGCCCGCUAUGCCGAAGAGACGGCAGGUGUAAGCAAGGCUGCAGUACUAUCCCGGUGGAACGUGGUGCUCUGGUUUGUGCAUAAGCCACGUCGCUCGUAAUUAAAUAACUGCAUAUCCGUCCAUGUUGUUGUCAUGCGUUGCUGUGUGUUUAGUGGGCUUCCUGCUGCAUCAAGCUUGUAAUAUUAGUUAAUGGGCCCGAAAACGAAGUGCUUUCUGGCAAGGUGCCUUAGCGGUGGUUCGCAUAAUGUGCUGUGUGUGCCAGUAUGGCAGUGUGUGCCAUGCGCAUAUUGUCAUAAUGUGCCAGUGUGUGCAUGAGCGUUUAAUUAAGGGCGUUGCGUCUUGGCCGCGGAAUGUUUUACCCAAUUUAUUCCGAAGUGCCGCUAUUCCAAUAUUCUGUGCCAAGUUCUGCCGUGAUUUCACCACACCGGCUGGCCUCGCCCCGCAGAUCUCGGUGUGACAGGUCUAACAGCCGGCGUGGGUACGCUAUCGCUAGACGCUUGACCCGAAACUGAGCGGCGGUAACGGUCCGGGCUCGUUAGACCCGCUCGCGCCCGCGUCUUGGGUCGAGCUCUCGUGCCGCCCGGUGCCGUCGGUCGUCGCCUAGCCGCUGCGCCGCACCCGGCGCUCUGCCGCGUCCGACGCCGACCUCCGUGGAUAGGCGUGCCGCCGCCGCCGUCGGAAGGUCGGCGUGAUGGGGGGAAGGUCGUGCCGGCGACGGAGCCAUCGCCACGUCCUCCGAUAUCGCCAUGGCCGCGUCGUCGCCGUUAUUGAUGUUGCCGCGCGUGCGGGGCCUUGGCGCGCGCGGCGCCCGACCCCGCUCCCGAUCGGCGGCGAAGGCUGGCGCGCUGCCGUCACGGCGCGGCGCGUCGUGACGCGGGCGGCGGCGGCGCGGCACCUCGCCACGCGCUCGCGCGCGCGCGGCAGACAGGCUCCAGGGCGGCCUGAGGACGCUCCGGCCGGCCGUCGGGCGGCGCGCUCGGAAGUGCUGCCUGAGCGGCGGUCAAGGCGACGCCGGCGCACGCGACAGUAGGGUAUAGUUAGGUGCUCCGCCGCUCCGCGCCUCCGCGCUGUGUGCACCCUGAGAUUAGUCACGCUCCGCUUAGUCUGCGCCGGAAGGCGUGUCGUUGGCUCGCUGGAGGGGAGGGACGCGCUCGCAUUUAGAUGCAUUCAGGUGGUUGGGGGCCGCGCGCUGCCUUCUUUAUUGGAGGCACUUGGCUUACUGUAGUCUCGUCCUAUUGGUCGCUGUGGCCGUCAUCUAGCGUACCGCUUUGAGGAAAAUGCAUUUAAUACGUAACAACGAUAUCGUUAUUUUCAUGACGAUGCACGGUUUCGACUUAACACCUUUGCAUUUUGCUUUUGACAGGGAAAUGCCUUUCCGGUCAAUGCACUUCUCAUUCGAAUGUUCCGAGUCACCACUAACAACUGAAAUGCAUCAUGUGGUCCAGAUGCAAAGCGGAAGCUUUCAGAAUAACUUCGUUAUGGCGUGAAUGCAUUGGGACCAAUCGCGGAGUGGUAUUUGGGACCAUAUGCAGUGUUAUGACAUCAUGUAGUGCCGCGUAUCUCCGCUAUUGUAGCAUCAUAGUGUUAUCGACAAGUACGCAAUACAUAUUUUGAAU